AUGGCGUUGACAAAGGUGUCUCCAGAGUUACAGGAGGAUCCGGCCUUUUGGAAGUCCGUGGUGCAAGAGAUCGAUGAUGGCUGGAGGCUGGCCUACGUAGACUAUGGGCCGAGCAGCUUAUGCGACAACCCCGAGGUGAUGCUGGCAGCGGUGAAGCAGAACGUGGAGGUGCUCUCCUGCGGCACAAAGAAGGUUAGAAGCGAGCCGGAGAUUGUGGAGGAGGCCGUUCGCAGAAGCUGGAAGGCGGUGGAAUAUGCAGCGAACGUCAACGCUGCGUCCAUCGUGGAAGCUGUCAAGCAGGACUGGCGAGCCAUCUCUUUGUACAUGGACCAUUUCUAUCAGGGUCCGACAGACGACCUGUCCAAGCUGAUUGAGAGCAAUCCCCAGAUCGUGCGGGACGAAAGGCUUAACGGGAAUGCUCCGGUGAUGUUGAAGGCUGUGCGGCAGGAAGGCUCCGUCCUCCGCUACGCCACGGAGGAACUCCGAGAUGACGACGAGAUCGUCUUCCACGCCGUGGCGCAGCAGUUUGAGCUAAGAGCCUGGGUCGAAAACCAGCCAGACUCGGUCUACCUCUGGCCACUGUACAAACCGGACACGACCAUCACUGCCCGUGCCUUGGACCGCUUCAUCGCGCUGCUUCGUCUGGACUCGGGCAGAGCAAGCGUCGCUGACGACCUCGCCAGCAUGAAAGUCGCUGUCGUCUUUCACGCCCUCUGCGCAGUCGUGCACAAGAAAAUCGGUUGCGACGAGGCCAAGUGGACGGGGAUCGGCAAGAUUUUGCCACAUGUCUUGAAUAGAAACCGCUCGUUUGCAGACAUCCGCAACUCGCCGCAACUGUAUUUCAUUACCCUUACCCGUGGCCUUGUGCAGAUUUUGCCACGUGUCUGGCACGACGUGUCCCUGGCCGCGUACAGACUUUUGCUGGGGCUAAGAAUCCCGACUCAGUGUGGCGCUCUUUGCAGAAGAUGCUGGGGCCCGUGUCGCAUUUCUGGGACCCUGGACACCUUAAGCUCAGAGCCCCCCGCUGCUUUGAUCCACGAAGAUGUCCACGAGGGAGCUAUGAAAUCGCUUCGCCAGCUUCGUCGUGCACGAGCGCGGCACUGGCGAGCUUCCAUUCGUUUGUCUCCGCCCGACUCUGUGGACAGUGCCACGUGGAAGGACUUUGUUCUAAUUUCCUUUGGUGGGAGCUUGGCCGAGGAUAGCUCUUCCUACGACAUCUUCUGGAAUGUUUGCUUUCACGACACCGUCUUCGUGCAGUCCUCGUCGCCGACCACGAUGUCCUGGCUUUUGCGCUGGCAGACCCUGCUGGGACCACCGCCAGCAAACGUGGACUGGGUGUUCGCCCUUGGUUUUCGCGCUGUGCGGCCAAGCGCCUGCAGAGAUGCCCCAGAGGUCGUGCUGCGUGCCAUGUUUGCCCAUGUUUGCCCAGGUGCCCUUUCUAAAAGGCUCAUUCACCACGUUCAUGUUGCAGAGGACAUCGCCUCUCCGACGGCAUUGAUGUCGAUGCUCCGAGGGGGCACGGUCAUCUUGCGCAGCCUGCAACAGGACUUCAAGGAGAUCAAACAUAUGUCCACCGUCGAGCCGCGAGCGAAGAAAAGUGUGACCGCCUAUGUGCGGCUGGCUGGAACAGCAUUGGAAUUCCAUGCCCCGCUUGUUUCUUUGCUUCUGGAGUCCUUGGUUACCAAAUUGGUUCAACACGACCAGGUGGACCUAGCCAAGUGUAUUCAGGAGGAUGUUCUGAGGCGCUUCCCUGCCGUUGUUCCACUUUUGCAAAAGUUGGAGGGCCAGGACAUGCGGCAGAAAGCCGAAGAAGGCCCCACACACAUUGCUCACACUGCUGGCAUAGACUCUCGUUUGGUCAACGGCGACGCCGUCUUCAGUCAGAGGUUCUAUUGCUUUGGUCAGAAGCAGAUCAGGGUGCCCUCGGCGGCCGUGUUCCUCCAAUUGGCUCCGGGCAACAUGGCCAGCAUCGACGUCACGUUUCCCGACCUCGGAGAUGCGCAGAGGCUUUGGUUGAUGCCGCUGCACAAGCCAGGUUGUAAUCGCCGCUCAGGUGCAGUUAGCACCCUGCAGCUGGCGCAGUGA